AUGGAGAAUGCAUUUCGGUUGAAAUUUGAUAGAGAUUUGAGGUGGAGAACAGGGGUAGAGCUUUACCCAGUGGUAUGUGAGAGCUCAAAUGGGUUUAAAGUCACCAGAACUGCCCUCGAGUCUGCGUAUAAGAAGGCCCAAGAAGAGAACAUCAGAGUCAAAGGAUUGCUCAUAAACAACCCUUCAAAUCCACUCGGCACUGUUUUAGACCGGGACACGUUACAUGACAUCGUGCGCUUUGUCAACGACAAAAACAUUCAUCUAGUAUGCGACGAAAUCUACGCAGCCACAAAAACAUUCGUGAGCUGCGCGAGAAAAAUGUCGAGUUUCGAGUUAGUUUCAACACAGACACAACACCUGAUUGCUGCAAUGUUAACAGACCAAGAAUUCGUGGGAAAUUUCAUUAAACAAAGCUCGGAAAGGCUAAGGAGGAGGCACGAGAGCUUCACGCGCGGACUAGCCCAAGUGGGGAUAGAGACUCUGCAGAGCAACGGCGGGCUGUUUGUGUGGAUGAAUUUGAGAAACCUCCAUAAGGAACCAACGUUCGCCGCAGAAUUAGAGCUGUGGAAGAUGAUUAUUAAUGAAAUGAAACUGAAUGUGUCCCCUGGAUGUUCAUUCCAUUGCCACGAAGCGGGUUGGUUUCGAGUGUGCUUCGCGAACAUGGACGAUGAAACCAUGAGAGUGGCUCUGAUGAGGAUCCGGACCUCUGUGCUUCAAUGGAAGGGCAUGGAAGCCGCAGCAGCAAAGAAGCAGAAACAGUGCAGAAGGAAUUUGAAGAUCAGCCUGUCGUUUCGGCGAUUGGAUGAUUGCAUCAUUUCAUCCCCUCACUCUCCAAUGAAUUCACCAUUGGUUCAAGAGACCAACAAACAUAAGCUGAUUAAGCCAUGGACGGAAAUACCUAUCCAUUUCACGGUUGACAAACGGAUUGACUAA